AUGGGCGCAGAAGGACACGGGCGGCGCGGUGAAUCCGGGGAGGGUGCGCGAGCUGCGCAAGGGGCUGCGGCGGACGGGGCCUGUGCGCAUACCUCCUCCCCGCGCCGCAUUCAUUACACAGGCGCGGGAGAGGGGAGAGGCAGUGGCGGUGGUGUUCAACCUGGUGGACGGCAUAGUGGACUCAAACCUUUUCCCUUCUUUACCCUCUUCUUCCCCCCCGGGCGCCCCCCGUUCCCCUUCCCCCCCUCCCCGUGCACACACCACGCGCAAGAGAGGGGAGAGGCAGUGGCGGUGGCGUGGGAGAAGGGAGAGGCAGUGGAGGUGGUUUUCAACCUCGCGCGGGAGAGGGGAGAGGCAGUGGCGGUGGUGUUCAACCUGGUGGACUCCUUCCUGGGCGCCAAGGCGCGGCACUUCGCAUUCAUGCUGCGCGGGAUGAGAGAGGUGCAGGGCUCCUUUGCGGCGCUCGGGAUCCCCUUCUUCCUCUUCCAGGGCAAGGCAGAGGAGACGGUUCCGGACUUUGCAAUGCGAUGUGGCGCGUCGCUAUUGGUCACCGACUUCUCCCCGCUGCGCAUCGGGAGGCACUGGCGCGAGGGGGUGUGUGCGAGGCUGGCAGAUCUGGAGCUCAGCCAAUCAGGAAGCGGCAGCAGCAGCAGGCAAGGGGCCACAUUAGCAGACAGAGCAGCAGAAGGAGAAGCAGGAGAAGCGGCAGGAGGGAGGAAAGGGGCGGGAGGGAGGGAAGGGACGGCAGGGAGGGAUGAGCUGUGGGACGCGCAGGUGGGGCUGACAGGUGUGCAUGAGGUGGACGCCCACAACGUGGUGCCCAUCUGGGCCGCUUCAGACAAGUUAGAGUACGCCGCCCGCACCAUCCGCACCAAAAUACACCGGAAAUUGCCAGAGUACUUGGUGGAGUACCCCCAGUUGGAGCCGGGGUGCACUGUGGAGUGGACAGGGGAGAAGCCGUCGCCUGUGGACUGGGACUCGUUAAUAGCUGCUGUGAUCAGGGCUGGUCCCGAGGUACCAGAGGUUGACUGGAUAGUCGCAGGGGAGGCAGCAGCAGCAGCAGGGCUGAAGACGUUUCUAGACAAGAGGUUGAGGGGGUACGACAGCGGGCGCAACGACCCGUCUAAGGGUCCCACCACCCUGUCGGGGCUCUCCCCCUGGCUGCACUACGGACAGGUCGCCCCCCAACGGUGCGCCCUGGAGGCGAGGAAGCUGAGGAAGCAGCACAGCAAGGUGAGGAGGGUAGCAGCAGUGGGUUCUGUCGGGGCUCUCCCCCUGGCUGCACUACGGGCAGAUUGCCCCCUAGCGAUGCGCCCUGGAGGCGAGACAAUUGAGGAAGCAGCACAGCAAGGUGAUAAGGGUAGCAGGGCGGUGGAUGCGUUUUUAGAGGAGCUGGCAGUGGACGCGUUUCUAGAGGAGCUGGUGGUGCGCAGGGGGCUGGCAGUGGACGCGUUUUUAGAGGAGCUGGUGGUGCGGAGGGAGCUGGCGGACAACUACUGCUUCCACCAGCCGCUGUACGACUCACUGGGGGGCGCGUGGGGGUGGGCGCAGCAAUCCCUGGACGCACACCGCGCAGACAAGAGAGAGUUUGUUUACACGGCAGCGCAGUGGGAAGCAGCCAAGACGCACGACCAGCUGUGGAACGCCGCUCAGCUGGAGCUGGUUCACUACGGCAAGAUGCACGGUUUCAUGCGCAUGUACUGGGCGAAGAAGAUUCUAGAGUGGUCUGAGUCACCAGAGGAAGCUCUCAGAAUAGCAAUCGAGCAGAAUGAUAAGUACUCAUUGGACGGUCGCGAUCCCAACGGCUAUGUAGGCUGCAUGUGGUCCAUUGCGGGCGUGCACGACCAGGGCUGGGCGGAGCGCAAAGUGUUUGGCAAGAUUCGUUAUAUGAACGCAGCGGGGUGCAAGAGGAAGUUUGACGUGGAGGCUUAUAUAGGGUACGUGCGGCGCAUGGUGGCUGCAGUGAAGAAGAAAGGCCCGGCUGCUGUUUCUCCAGGCGGUGCUGCUGCCUCCCCCGCUGCCACUGCCAAUGCUGCCACUGCAACUGCUGCCCGUCUUAGGGCUGGUAAACCCACAGCCUAG